AUGAAUACACGAUGCUUAGGGGCCAAGAUAUCGCUCGGUAGUAUUUUGAAGACCAGAUGUCAAAUAAUUAGACCAGUAAGAUUCUACCAAAAGUUUGGAGAUCGAAAGGCUAGCUCGAGGAAUGAUUUUAGACCCUCACCAUCAGAAAGUCGUUCAUCUCCGAGGAAUUUUCCCCGGGCUAAACUGAUCGAGGUUCCAUUUGAGGCUAAUACACCUGAAGUGACUCUAGCUCAACUCAAGAAUAAUGGACUUAUUGGUGGAGAUCUGCACGAUUGUAUUGUUAAUAUUGGGUUCACCGGGCUUACACCUGUGCAGCAAAAGGCAAUAAGGCCGAUCUUGGAGAACCAGUCGCAGGAUGUGAUAACUAGGGCCAAGACAGGUACCGGUAAGACGUUUGCAUUUUUAAUCCCCAUGUUCCAGCAUUUGAUUAAUACCAAGAGGGAAAACCCUUCAGCUGUAAAAUAUGUCAUUGUAGCACCUACUAGAGAUCUAGCUUUACAGAUCGAAAUGGAAACUAGAAGAAUUCAGGCGGCUCAUCCAGUCCUCAAGCGAUUCCAUUCUUUGACGCUUGUUGGGGGGACUAAUUUUGCAGCAAGUGUCACUGAUUUAAUUCGCAGAAAACCUCAAGUGGUUAUAGCCACUCCAGGAAGAUUAUUGGACAUUUUACAACGUUAUGAAAAGCAUUUCAAACAAGUGGAUGUUAAAGUUUUGGAUGAGGCAGAUAGGUUAUUAGAGAUUGGAUUCCAGCAAGAUUUAGAAAAAAUUUCCAGUAUUUUGAAUAAAAUCAACGAAACUGGUCCCGAUCACAUAAGAACUCUACUUUUCUCAGCAACUCUAGAUGCUAAAGUUCAAGAUUUAUCACAAAGUAUUAUGGGCAAGGAUGAAUGUUUAUUCCUAGAUACGGUGGAUAAGAAUGAGCCACAGGCUCAUGAAAAGAUCUCUCAAUCAGCAGUCAUAGCAGAAAACUUGGGUCAUUCUAUUCUUGCUACUAUGGAUCAUGUUAAGCGCCAGGUACUUGCUAACCCAAAUUACAAGGCAAUUUUAUUUACACCAACGAUUAAAUGCACUACUCUGAUCUCUGAAUUGCUACACGCUCAACAAGACGUUGCUGUACCCAUUUUAGAAUUCCAUGGUAAAAAGACUCAAAAUGUUAGGACAAAGAUGGUCCAAAAGUUUAAGCGUGAUCGUUCUGGAAUUCUGGUAUGUACCGACGUUGCAGCCCGUGGGCUUGAUUUCCCUGACGUGGGCGAAGUCUUACAGAUUGGUGUACCAGCUAUAAUGUCCCAAUACAUUCAUAGAAUUGGUAGAACCGCUAGAGCUGGAAAGACAGGAAAAGCUGUCUUGUUCAUGAGUAAAGAAGAAGUUCCAUUCUUGCAAAAAUUAGCCAAGGGAGCACAAAUUAUCAUCAAAGAUCAAGAGGAUUACGAACCUGAUAUGAGCACCAUCGAGGAAUUCGCAUCAGGAUUUACGGAUAGUGAAGAAUUGGUCGAUGCGCUCAUAAGUGCUAUCGCCUUCUACAGAUCAAAUGCUAAGGGUUAUGGUUUCAAUGAUAACAGAAUAUUGGGACAGCUCGCUGGAUCAUACGGUUCGCUGUUAAAUGAUAAAGAGGCAAGACUUCCUAUUUCUUCGAAUACUCUAGAGAAACUCGGCUUAAGUAACAACAGAGUCGCAUUGGAGGCUUUUGACAUCCAUGGAUCGUAUCACGGUAAACCUCGUAGUAGAGAUGGGCAAUCCAGCUCCUACAGAGGCGAUAGAGAUGGGCAAUCCAAUUCCUACAGAGGUGGUAGAGAUGGGCAAUCCAAUUCCUACAGAGGUGGUAGAGAUGGACAAUCCAAUUCCUACAGAGGUAGUAGAGAUGGGCAAUCCAAUUCCUACAGAGGUAGUAGAGAUGGACAAAGUAAUUCCUACAGAGGUAACCGAGACAGACAUUGGUAUGAUGAGGAACCUUUUCAAAAUUUUGUGAAGAAGGGAAAUUUGAAGAAUCGUAAUUUUAGUAAUAAAUUUUAUGAUAAAAGAAAAGGUCAUAAUCCAAGGUUCGAGAAUUAA